AUGUCCCCUCCAACGCACGCACAGACGUACGCUUCUCGAGCGCAGAAGCUCAAGAACCCGGCAGGAAAAGCACUGCUGGAAGUGAUGGAGCGCAAGCAAUCCAACCUUUGCGUAUCGGUGGAUGUGACCAGCAAGAAAGAUCUGUUGGAUGUGGUCAAGAGCGUUGCGAAAUUCGUUUGUCUCGUCAAGGUGGGUUCCCUGGAAGAGACGCAUAUAGCCCAGGUGCUUGGGCCGUGAUAAGGUGCAGGGUCGCUCGCGUUGAUUGUCUUUGGUUGACGAUGCUCCUACUCGCUACAGACGCACAUCGACAUCGUGUCCGACUUUGAUCAAGACUUGAUCGAUCAGCUCGUCGGUCUCUCCAAAGCGGAAGACUUUUUGAUCUUCGAAGAUCGCAAAUUUGCCGAUAUAGGUCAGUUGCCCAUCUCCCCUCUGAGCCCCUCGCUCUUUGCUACAACGACGAUACUCGAUCUUUCGUGCACACAGGCAACACCGUUUCGCUUCAGUAUGGGGCAGGAGUGCACAAGAUCGCCUCCUGGGCGCACAUCACCAAUGCCCACUUGGUGCCGGGUCCAGGUAUCAUAGACGGUCUCAAGACGGUGGGAGAGCCUUUGCAAAGAGGACUCUUGCUGCUGGCUGAAAUGUCGUCCAAGGGAACUCUAGCCAAGGGCGGCUACUCGCAAGAAUGCGUCAAAGCUGCGAGGGCCAACCAAGACUUUGUCUUUGGCUUUAUCGCCAUGCAUCGUGUGCAGGACGACGACCUUGCCGAUUCCGCCGCCCCGAUUGAAAGGGACGCAGAGGAGUUUCUGGUGCUUACGCCCGGUGUGGGAUUGGACGUGUCUGGCGAUGCUAUGGGACAACAAUACAGGACGCCUCAGCAGGUCAUCGGCGAGAGCAAAUGCGACGUCAUCAUCGUGGGAAGAGGCAUAUACGGAGCUUUGUUGAAGAGCGAUGAUAGAGCGAGCGCGAUUGAACAAGUCAGGAGACAAGGAGAGAGAUACAGAGUAGCUGGUUGGCAAGCUUACGAGCAGAGGUUGACGGGUGCGUGAGCUUAGCCGUACGCCCUGUAGGUCCUUUAGUAAACAAUGUCAUCUUGCGUCAUGUCUGAUUCAUCUUUCGUUUGUGCGUGCGCCACUCGUGACCCCUUAGAUCAUGCAAGCGUAUCAGCUGCAUCAGUGCUGCUCGACACUUCUGUGCCAACGUCUUCAGAGAUGAACAUCUUCGGGUACGGCAGUCUCAUUUUCAAGCCGCCACCUCAUACCAUUCGAAGGACCGUAGGAUACAUAAGGGGUUUUACGCGGAGGUUCGCGCAGAGCAGCAUAGAUCACAGAGGCGUUCCUUCCAGACCUGGCAGGGUCGUCACUCUGGUCGAAGCCAAAGAUUGGCACGCUUUUGCCGAUGCGGAGGAUACGCCAGAGGGGGACAUUGUCUGGGGGGUCUGCUGGACUAGUGAGCGUCUCGGAGCGCUUUAGGACUUUGGACCACGCAGUCACGAGUGCUGACAUGCAAAAUCUAAUUACGAGCGUUCAACUUCUAGUCGAUCCGGCACACGCCAAGGACGUCAGGGCCUAUUUGGACCACAGAGAGAUCAAUGGAUAUACGCCCACCUACACCGACAUCUGGGCACCUUCCACGAACGCAUGGAGCGCAGAUGAGAUAGUCGUCAAGUCAUGCUUGGUCUACGUAGGCCUUCCAAGCAACCCAGCAUUCGUAGGCCCUUCGAGAUCCCUGCAGGAAUUAGCAGAAUACAUUUACACUUGCUCUGGUCCUAGCGGAAGGAACGACGAGUACGUUCUGAAGCUGGCUAGAGCUACAAGGAACCUUUCGGAUCAGGUGAGGGACUCUCAUCUGUUCGAGCUGGAGAGGAUCCUGCUCCAGAUCCGCAAAAGAGAGGGACUACCGCUGCUGGAUGAUGAUGUGGUGGAUGAAGAGCGGGAACAGCGCAUCAUGGAAGAGGUGAUCGCGAGAAACAAGGCCAACGGAAAGCCUUUGUAG